AUGUGCAAAAGCUAUUAUUACUACAAAGUUACAGACUUAUUAAAAGCUAUAAAAGCACAAAAAAGCGCCAAAUGGUACUAUCCAUCAAAAGAGGAAAAGGCAAUUUUAAAAACUUUAUUUGCAUUUGAUGUAACACCACCUGAUGCAACUAUUAAUUCAGUAUUAGAAAUUCUACUAACUUAUUGGGAUGGUUGGACAAAGAAAAAGAUUAGAGAUGUAUGGAAUUAUGAAAAAAGAAAAGGAAAACAAGCAGAGGACAAAAUACAAGAAUAA